AUGUCUACUCAGCACAACUACCUCGAGGACGACGAUGACUUCUCGGAGUUCUACAACAACCCCCUCUACAAGCGCGUCUCUGACUUGACCCCCCACGAGCGUAAGAAUGCUUGCCCACCUCCCCCCCUUACUACUCCUCGUCGAGACAAUGGCCCUAGAUUCGUCACCCGAAAGCGCUCUCCUCGUCAGCCAUCCCCUCGUCAGCCAUCCCCUCGUCUGCCUUCCCCUCGCCCUCCCUCCUCAAGCAGGGACGCCGCUGCUGUGAGAGCCUCCAUCCGAAGACACUCCUUCACAAAGCCUCGACAGACCCCAAACAAGGAGAAUGCCCCCAAGCCAGAGGGCGCCCAUUCGCGAAUCCUCCGCUCACCCGCCGACCACGACUUCCAGCAAAACGUCGCCCGCGUCCUCGGCCCCGAGCACGUUGACAAGUACGAGAACUGUACCGACAUGGCGGAGAAGGCCAAAGAGGAGCUUGAGGACAAGCCUGAAGGAAGCCAUCGAUUUUGGCGUCCCUGGACCAAGGAGGAGUUUGACAAGGCUGCGAGAUUGACGGAGUAG